GACUAGCAGCCACCAACGACUAUACUCUAUUAGUCUGCCGGGAACAGAUCGUUAUGGUGCUCCACCCCCCUUCUGAGAGAUAAGGAUGGUGGAGCAACAUAAAGUGAGUGGAGUUUACGCAUGAUAUGUGUCUGCUGACCUCAGUUACCUUGGCCUCUUUUUCGGAUCUGAGAGCCGGUCUUAUCAGCCAAGAAAGCCUUGGGCCCAAGGACUACCUACCUAGUCAGCAGUCUUUCUUCGCCACUUCUCCUUUCCUCUGUGUUCUUACUGUUUGCUUCGUGCAUCCUCGAUUGUAUCCCGCUCGAGAGUCGACAUCCCGCUCCCUCUGCCUGAGGUUCCUUUGCAAACCUGCUUCUGCUUCUUUUCUUCCUCUGACAUACCCAACAUCUUCGUAUGUUUAUUCUAUCUUUGGUGUAUACAUAGUGCUCCCAUUCCAUUUAUCUAUCUUUGUUUCUUUCCUUCCAUCGAUCGAUCAAUCUAUCUAUGCCUGCUGUGUUUUCAGGAUUUUAUCAUGUGUUCGCGAAAUAUCCACUUCCGUGCAUUGUCUCGGAUUUAUCCUCGAACAGUCCCCGCGUGUGAUAUGCACCGUCUAGUUUGCAGAUAGAAUCCCAAUGUAGAAUAAACCGUCAAAGGAGAACUGCAAGUAAGAUGAAUUUUGAUUGUAUUUUUCUCUGAAUUAUAGUGCCAAGUAAACUAAGUAUACAACGCUAUGAGGUAUGUUCCGUACCGUGCUGUGCCAUGCUGUGUGUGCUGUGCUAAUCCCAGAUAUGAGUGAUGAAAUGUUUGUGCGGGGUCCAAUGCACCGAUAACCAA